UUUUUUGUUCAUUACAAAUGAAGUUGAUUGGCAAGAGUUUAGAAAAAGAUAGUUCGGGAUCUAUCACCCUUCUUCCCGAAGAAUUAGAAGACAUGUGGCAUAUUUAUAACUUGAUUUCUAACGAUGACAUGAUUAGAGCACCUACUAUCCGUCGUAUUCAGUCAGAAAGUUCAACAGGAUCAACAACAAGCCAGCGAGUUCGUUUAACUUUAACAAUUACUGUUGAAAAUGUCGAUUUUGAUCCUCAAGGUGGUUUAUUACGCAUCAAUGGAAAAGUAGCUAGUGAAAAUCAAUAUGUCAAGAUGGGUAGUUAUCAUACAAUCGAUCUUGAGCUUAAUCGUAACUUCACAAUUUAUAAACAUGAAUGGGAUAUUAUUGCCUUAGAACGUGUUGAGGAUGCUUGUGAUAUUACAAAACAAGCUGAUGUGGCAGCUAUCGUCUGUCAAGAAGGAUUAGCUAAUAUUUGUUUCUUAACACAACACAUGACAAUUGUACGCCAACGUAUUGAAAUUCCUAUUCCUCGAAAGCGUAAAGGAUCUGUUACAAAUCAUGAAAAGGGCCUUACUAAAUUUUAUGAACAAAUAUAUCAAAGUAUUCUUCGCCUUAUUCAUUUUGAUAUUGUAAAGGCAAUUAUUAUUGCAAGUCCAGGUUUUGUAAAGGAUCAGCUCUAUAGUUAUAUAUUUGAUCAAGCAGUUAAAACAGAUAAUAAAGUACUCUUGGAAAAUAAAUCCAAAUUUGUCUUAAUUCAUAGUUCAAGUGGACAUAAACAUGCAUUAACAGAAGUCAUGCAAGAUCCUUCUGUACAGGUUAAACUAGCAGAUACAAAAGCAGCAAGAGAAGUUCAAGCGCUCGAUAAGUUCUAUGAAAUGAUGAAUAAUGACCCUGAUCGUGCCUUUUACGGCUUUGAGCAUGUUGCGAUUGCUAAUGAACGAGGAGCUAUAGGCACAUUGCUUGUGACAGAUGGACUAUUUCGAUCUGCCGAUAUUGCAACACGAAAGAAAUAUGUAGGAUUAGUUGAACAAGUGAGAGCACAGAAUGGAAAUGUUUUUAUUUUUUCAAGCAUGCAUCCAUCAGGAGAACAAUUGAAUCAAUUGGCUGGUGUAGCAGCUAUUUUAAACUUUCCUUUACCAGAUAUUGAUGAUCUGAUAGAGGAGGAAGAGAUUGAACAAUCAUUUUAAAACGUCUAUUAUUAUUAUUGUUACUAUUUUUUUAUUGUAUAAAUAUAUAAAAAAUACAUUUAUAGAAAUACAUAAAUAAUGUUAUAUACAUCUUGAUGCCCUCUUUUCUUUUUUUUUUAUUUUAUUU